AUGAAGACCGCUGCCAUCACAACCAUCCUCUUCGCCGCCCUCGCGGCCGCUAGCCCCGUUGAGAUCCGCCAGACCUCAGGCUGCAAGGCCUUCACCGUCCUCUUCGCCCGCGGCACCACCGAGAUGGGCACUCUCGGAACCGUUGUCGGCCCCGGUCUCCAAAAGGCCGUUGCGUCCAACGUCCCCGACUCCGUCUUCGAGGGCACAACGUAUGCAGCUGACAUGGCCGGCAUUAUGUCCGAGGCAACUGGCUCCGGCCCGGGUAGUGUCGCCAUGGCCAACCAGGCCAACUCGUGGCUAAGCAAGUGCCCCCAGACCAAGAUCGUCCUCACUGGCUACAGCCAGGGCGGCAUGGUCGUCCACAACGCCGCUAAGAAGCUCUCGGGCAAGGCCGUCGCUGCGGCCGUCACCUUCGGUGACCCGUUCAAGGGUCAAGCUGUCACUGGUGUUGCUACCGCCAAGUUCAGGAGCUUUUGCGCUGCUGGCGACGGCGUCUGCUCCGCUGGUGGCUGCGCCAGCUCCGGGAGCUGCUCGAGCCAAAGCGCCUCUGGCCACAUUGGAUAUGGCGCCGAUGUCAACACCGCAGGCACCUUCCUCAAGGGUGCUCUCGCUUGA